CUGUCAGGUUGCUGCUGGGGAAGCUGCUGGACCUGCUGUUGCAGCGGCGACGAGGGGAGAAGACGCGGAGCGUAGAGUUGGGGUUUGCAGAGAGCCUCGGCGGUGGUCCGUGGCGUGGGGAGGGGCUGGCGCACCCCCUCUCCUUGCCUGCAGUUAGGACAGGUCAAGGCCGCAGGAACGUCACUCAGCUGCCAGCUCGCACGUUAAUUCACUCUUCCAGUGCCUCUUGGGGAUUAACUUGAAUUCCUGGACCCUGCUUCCAGUAACAGCCAGUAUUUAUACAGAAUGUCAUCAGACGGAGAGAUAUGCUCACCUCCAAUUUUGCCAAAGGACUCCGACCGAGGCAGUCCUGUCUCCUCAGAUCUUCAGGAAGAGUAUGAAGAACUGCUCCGUUACGCUAUAGUGACUCCAAAUAUUGAAGCAGGUGCUUCACAACCGCCUCAUUCAAAGGGAGAAGCAGUGCCAGAUAUUAAAAUUCCUGCUAUAAUUGAUGAUAUUCUUCAAAGUCCAGGAAAUAGCCCUGCAGUGAGAGAAACAAGGAUGGAAGUUGGAAAAGGAUGUGAUGUAAAUACUUCAGGUCAUUCAAAGACAGAUGGGUCAUCACCAGCAGCAGCAUCCCCAAGGAAGCCGCCUCACCCGGUCAUGGAUUUUUUCAGCUCAAAUCUUUUAGUUGACUCUUCCUCACCAGGGUCUAAUUCCAGUCCUGUGGAUUCCCAUGAAAUAAUUGUGACUGAUUUUCUUAUUUCUGAUGAAAACCUUCAAAAGAUGGAAAAUGUGCUUGAUCUCUGGAGUUCAGGUCUUAAGACAAACAUCAUAUCUGAACUAAGUAAAUGGAGACUGAAUUUUAUUGACUGGCACCGAAUGGAAAUGAAAAAAGAGAGAGAGAAACAUGCAGCAGAUUUAAAACAACUGAGCAGCCAGAUCAACAGCUUGAAGGAGCUGCAGAAGACCUAUGAGGUCUCCAUUGGGAGAAAAGAUGAGGUGAUUUCUAGCUUGUCUCAUGCCAUAGGCAAGCAGAAGGAAAGGAUAGAGUUGAUGAGAACAUUCUUCCACUGGCGAAUCAACCACGUCAAAUCGAGGCAGGAUGUUUAUGAAAGUAAACUAGCUGACCAGUAUUUUCGGCGAACUUUACUAAAGAAAGUCUGGAGAGGCUGGCGGGCCGUAGUACAGAAGCAGUGGAAAGAGGUGGUGGAACGCGCUUGUCAAGCCAGAGCUGAAGAAGUCUGUGUCCAGAUUUCCAAUGACUAUGAAGCCAAAGUUGCUCUGUUAACUGGAGCUUUGGAAAAUGCAAAAGCUGAGACCCAAAGGAUGCAGCAUGAAAAAGAGCACUUUGAAGACUCGAUGAAGAAAGCUUUCAUGAGGGGUGUGUGUGCGUUAAAUCUUGAGGCCAUGACUAUAUUUCAGAACAGAGGUGAUACAGAUUUCACGACCAAUAAAAGGGAAGAGUAUGGGCCUGGUGUUCAAGGAAAAGAGCCUCCUUCCGCUCAUCUGGAUGCUUCAGCCACUCCGGUGCCCUCGGCAGGUGCAGUGCCCCCGUCCCCGCCAGCAGCGGCCCUCGGAGCCUCCUGCGCGGCUGCCUUCCCCUCGGCGGCUUCCGUCGCCUCUGCCAGCGCCACUUCCGCUUCCUCAGCCCACCUCCCGGUUUCUGCCCCCCAUGGCACUGGGCCGAUCGCUACAGCUUCUGCUGCGCAGGAGGUAAUGUAUGGGCCCAGGGUUGUGACAUCAGCGCAACAGAAAGCUGGGAGAACAAUCACGGCCCGGAUCACAGGGAGGUGUGAUUUUGCUUCAAAAAACAGAAUCGGUAGCAGCUUGGCUAUAAUGGGAGUUUCUCCUCCCAUGAGCUCUGUUGUUGUGGAGAAACAUCAUCCGGUCACAGUGCAAACCAUUCCUCAAGCUACUGCAGCAAAAUAUCCGCGGACCAUUCACCCUGAAGGUAGUACCUCAGCUUCCAGAUCUCUUGGAACCAGAUCAACUCACACCCAGUCUCUCGCAAGCAUUCAGUCCAUAAAAGUGGUUGACUAA